UUCGCAGGGAAAUGGGUGGCUACCGGGUGUUGGGCCGGGUCUGGGGCGGCUGGUGGCGAGGGCCAGGGGUCGGCUCAGCUCGCAAGGUCGCAGGCUUUGGCACCGAGGCCCGGCGUCAGCUGCAACCUCGAGGCUCCAGCAAGCGAUCAGGGUCCCUGGGAAACCAGUCCUUCCCAGGGCUGCUGCAGCCAGAGAACCUCAGUCGGGAGGAGCUGGUCGAUGUGCUGAGGGCAUCUGUGGUGGACCAGAAAGGACCACUAGUGACGCUGAACAAGCCACAGGGUCUCCCAGUGACAGGAAAACCAGGAGAGCUCACUUUGUUCUCAGUGCUGCCAGAGCUGAGCCAGUCCCUGGGGCUUGGGGAGCAGGAGCUCCAGGUUGUCCGAGCAUCUGGGAAGGAGACCUCUGGGCUUGUGCUCCUCUCCAGUUGUCCCCAGACAGCAAGCCGCCUCCAGAAGUUCUUCGCCUACUCACGAAGAGCCCAGAGACCCACGGCCACCUACUGGGCUGUCACUGAUGGGAUCCCCGCUGCUUCUGAGGGGAAGAUCCAAGCAGCUCUGAAACUGGAAUACGUUGAUGGCGUUGGUUCAGUAGUUCCAGUGAAGUCCCCGUCCCGAAAGGACAUCCUGGAAGGUGUCAAGAGGACCCUAAGCCACUUCCGUGUGGUGGCCACAGGCCCUGGCUGUGCUCUGGUCCAGCUGCAACCAGUAACAGUGUUCUCCAGUCAGCUACAGGUACACAUGGUACUACAGCUCUGCCCUGUGCUCGGGGACCACAGGUAUUCAUCCCGCGUGGGCACUGUCCUGGGCCAACGCUUCCUACUGCCAGCGGAGAGCACCAAGCCCCAAAAACAGGUCCUGGAUGAAGCCCUCCUCAGACGCCUCCACCUGACGCCGGCCCAGGCGGCCCAGAUGCCCUUGCACCUCCACCUGCACUGUCUCCACCUCCCAGGCACCAGGCCCAGGGAUGCCCCCAUAGAGCUUUUGGCACCUUUGCCCUCUUAUUUCUCCAGGACCCUACAGUGCCUGGGGCUCUGCCAACAAUAGUUCUCUUUCUGUUCCUACUGGAAAGUGGUGGGUGUGGGGGGACUGCAGGCUGGAGGAGAAUGAGCUCAGUGCGCAACAUGCGGUACGGUCAUGGUUAGGGCUCUGUGGUUGGACUAACCUAAGAUCACACCCUGGCCAGGCACUUGCUGUGUGAUGUUGGACAAAUAACUUCACUUCUCUGGGUUUGAGAUAAUAAAUGCACCUAACUCAUA